AUGCAUAAGCCUUCGCUGUCUCAACUUGUGUACAACGCGAUCUUCCCGAAGCCUCGCACGAACGAACCCUCGUCAUUUGCGUCCCUCAUCACUCGGCAUCUGGUUCCCGAGGUUCGUAUCGAAACGUCGACUUUCUAUGGCACUCUCGACUGCAUUGAAGCUCAAUAUCCGGGGCUCGACUAUUCAUAUCCGCCACACCGAAUGCGGUUGGGUCGUUUCACAUGGCAUCGGAAAUUGUUCAAAGCGUUUGACGAACUAGGGUUGACGGAAGCUGAAAUUGCUUCUCUCUGCCGUUGGGAGGGUACAAAGUCCGCCAGAGAUCGCUACGAACGGGAUGAGGCGGUCCAAGUGAGAGAUACUACAGCAGACGACAUUAGGGCCGCGACCCCGCCAAUACCACCAUCUGUGUAUAUUCAUUCAUACGAGCAGGAGAGUCCUCGAGAUCAGCAUGCUCGAGAACCAGCAGUUGAAUGCGAAUUCCCAGAGUUGGAGAUCAUAUCAGAGCUACAAAGUGAGGAGGAAGAUGAGUCAGAAACAAGCGACGAUGGCGCUGAAAUGGAAAGUUAUGGCGUUACGUUAAACCGACGUUUGAUACAGGCAGCAGAAGCCAGACAACAGGGAGCCGACGUUUCCCUCGACGAAGACUGGGAGCAGUGGCUGAAAGAAGCCUCAGAACGUAAUGGAUAUACAGAGAUGAUCGAUGCAAUCAGAACCGGUCAACCACUGAACAUGACGUUCACCAACUUGCCAGUACACUCACCCUCUUCCUCAUCGUCAACUAGCACGGGUGAACUUUACACUCAUAGAACCCCACGCCCGACGAAUUCCAGCCAGAGAUCCGCCCCAAUAUCAAACGGGCUUGGGACUGCUGGGCCAGCCUUACUGAGCCCUUCUAUCACCACUAGACGCGCUGUCGGAUCGUCGUCAAGCCCCGCCACGUAG